AUGCGUUUCGAUAAACUAGGCGUUUUGCCGUCUUCUCUCACCGAGCUCAGACUGAACAACUCCGAUUGGAAGCAUUUUCCCGUGAGUCCCGAUUCGUUUGGUAAAAGAAAACAAGUUCAGCGUUUCAGAUUGCCAGUAUGUCCAGCUAUACUAAGCUGUCAUCUUUAAAAAUUUCGAACAGUCCCAUAACCGAUAAAGAAUUGGUGACCUUGUUACUAUUUUUUCCCUUAUUUUCGUCUUUCAGGAAACUCUGCUCUCGGUGGCCCCAUCUCUAACGCAUUUAGAGGUGUCGGCAGGUUCGCUGACGUCGAUUCCUAAGGUCUCACUAAGUUCUCUGACUCGUCUUCACCUUCACUCUAAUCCGCUAUCACAGCCUUCCACAGAACAAUUGCACUUCCUGGAUGGCUUGAAGAAGGUUUUGCCAGAGUGUGACUGGACAAACCGGCUUUUUUGAGGUUUCUCUCGGCGGCAACGCGACCAACUUUCUCUGCAGCUGCGAGCUGCCAACAGACCUGCAACGUUGGGCGAGCCGUCAAGAAAACAGAGAAAAGGUGGACAAAGUUCCAUGAAAACAGAGCAGAUUGGCGAUUUUCCAGAUUUUUAUAUAUUUCAAAACAACAAAAAAAACCGAAAUUUCUUAGUCUCUCAUCUUAUAUUUCUCACGAAAACGAAUUGCAACUUUUUUUGGCUAGAAUAGUUGAUAAAACAAAACUUCAAGUAUUGUUACGAGAUUUUUUUGUAUAAGUUAAAAAAAUAACAAAUAUUUAGUCUGUUUUUUUCAAAAAUUUAUUCACGGAAUGAAAACAGGGAAGCUUUUACUUGCAAAUAUUCAUUUUUCCGCUGUUAGAUUUCUAUGUGAAUAUUUUACAAAAAAAUCGAAGAAUUUGAACAAAAAAAGGUUAGUCAUAUUGACUUAGAAGUGGAAAAUAUUUGCGAAGUAUUUUUUUAUGAAUUUUUUUGAUUUUCUAUGGACAAGCUCACGUUUCAAACUGUAAAUCAAUCAAUGUUUAUUGGUUUUUUUAGUCAGAUGAAAUCGACUAGGCGGUGAAAAAUUUGCUCUUUUGAGCGGCACUGCCUUUGGCGAAAACGAAGUCAAAACGUGUAGUUUAUUAAAUUGAAAGCAUGGUCUUACGGUCCUUCGCCUCGUUCUUUCACUGCCACUUUUAGUGAAGAAAAUACACGGAAGAUUGUUAAAUUUUUUGACCAAAAAUUGUAUAUUUUUCUGAAAUGCAGAGGCGUCGCUUGUUUUUUUUUCUCAGCGACAACUAUUAAAAAAGUCUCACAUAGUAAGAAAAUUUUCCAUUUAUUAAUUGACUACUCUGGUGUUUUAACUUUUGUGUCUAUCAGAAUUUUCCUUCACAGAUCGAUGAUUUCGACGAAGUAUACUGCGAGUUGAAGGGUUUUGGCGUUGUCCGACUUGAGGACGCUUUGCCGGGAAACGGCUCUCUGUGCGUCGAACCCACCGAAGACAUGUUGAAGUGGAUGAACUUUGUCGACAACACCCAACAGAGACAGUUCGAACAGGUCUUACUUGCCGAUUUUCGAAUUUUUUCUCGACUAAACCUUUCUUAGACGUCUACAACCGCAACUUCAGCUGUUAUAACAGAGACAAGCUCAACUAUUGCCGUUGAAGUUGUCACCGAAAAAGAGAAGCCAAAGUCGACCACGUUCCCUACUACGAGGCGGUCAGAAACCUCGACACCGAAGAGUACAACGUCUUCUUCAUCAACAACGGCUUCGAAAACUAGGAAGAAGUACCGUGACGUCGAAAACGAACCUUUGAAAGUAUUAUCGAUUUCUUCAUCCGUAGACCAUGCUACUUUUGCAGUUUGUGAACAUUCUCAUUUUCAUCUUGUUCAUCUGCGUCAUAGUUUUGAUUAUCGCGAUUGGAUUCACGAUUUACUUCAAGUUUGUUUUUUUCUCUUCGCACAAGAGACAAAUUUCUCUCUUUUUAGAUUCCUGAACACGGACACCGGAAAAAGCAGACGUCAUCACGAAUCAGAGCCAUUGAACGAAACUUGA